AUGGCAGAGGAAGGCCUACCGAUCGCCGGUGCUACUUACAACACCAUCUAUAACCGAUUUGGUUUGCAAUAUCAAACACCAGAAGCUUAUAUGAUGGACGGACGUUUUAGGUGUCCGGGCUAUAUGCGCCCUCUGGCUAUUUGGAGUAUCCAACAUGCCAUUGAAGCGAAAGAACGAGAGAAACUAUCAAAUCAAUCAAAUGGGACUCAUUGA